AUGGAUUCUCUGACAGAGCCUCAACUCGUCGAUUUUCACACAAUCAAACAGACAGCAACCACCCAGCCAUCAACCCAUAUCCUCCAACUAGAUGGACAAGUCGUUUACAACGAGGUCGCCGUCUCGCUUGAAGAAUCCGACGGCCAGAAAAGCGUAGAUAAUUCCACCGCCCCCAGCCAAUCGGAAUCAGUCACCCCCGUCUCCGUGCUGGAUGGACGUCUUGCCAAUUUCGGCGUCGUGACUCCCGGUAUCUACAGAAGCGCUUGGCCUACCGUCGACACCUAUGAUUUCGUCAAGAGUCUGAAUCUAAAGACGGUCGUCACCUUGGUUCGACGAGAUGUCGAAGAUGAGGCCUACGCUGCCCUCCUCCAGGUCAAUGGCAUCAAACACCAUACCAUCCUCCGGCUAGUCCUUGAUAAGAGCAAUCACCCCGUCCUUAUUCAUUGCAACCACGGAAGGCAUCGCACCGGUUGUGCUGUCGGAGCCAUCCGCAAGGUGUACGGCUGGGACACGACCACGGUGGUCUCCGAGUACCAAUCUUUCGCCUAUCCUAAACCCCGGGAGUCAGACAUUAGCUAUGUCACUUCCAUCGAGCCAUCCCUAUUCUUCCAGGAACCCUCGACGAUUAGCACCCUUCCCCGACGCGAGGCCUUUCUACGUACCCUUUUCUUUACCUUCAUUGGCGCUCUCAUCUGGCUGUCUACCGGCUUCAAGUUUGACAACAAUCGGCCUCACCAAUGA